AUGAGUCGCCUCUCCCGCAUCUGCGCAUUUAAUGCGGUUAGAACGGUUAGUGAGUUGUUCCGUUCGGUGGCUUCGCACGGUGAAAGGAAAAACGUGUUGUACCUUUUAAACCUGAGCAAAUUGCAUGUGUACGAGCAGCUGCUCUUGGAGGAGUGCCUCUAUCGAAUGAGUAGUCCCCUCAGCCAAGGAAAAAACAACGUCGGCUUUGUCCUCAUCAAUGAUACCUAUUCCAAUGGGAAGGAGAAACAUGUAGCAGAUGGAUUCACCCCAUCGGAUAACAAGUGCGUCAUUUUCGGCAUAAGUGGGAAAGUAUCCAAUUUUAUAAAAGACGUUAAUUACAUUGGUAAAAAUAAAAUUGCACUGAUUAGGAGAUACACAGGAGGGGGCACAGUGUAUAUUAGGAACAACUGUCUUCUGUUCAGCUUAAUCCUCCCACUAAAAUUUGCACAGGAAAGACAAUUGUAUCCUUCCAACGUGACCGAAUGGGUCUUCAACUCGUUUUACCAUCCCGUUUUUAACUCUCCAUGUGGGGAGGAGGAAAAGGAGGUAGAAAAGGAAGAAGAAAAAAAAAAUUCCAACAGAUUUUACCACCACGAAAAUGACUAUGUAUAUCACUGUUAUGACCAUGUGAAGGAUCAGAUGACGAUGAGAAAAGUUGGAGGGAAUGCACAGGCCUUUUCAAAAAAUUAUUUUGUCCACCAUACGUCCUUUCUUUGGUCAUGCGAUUAUGACGAAAUGGAGAGGGUAAUUGUUAACCCGUCAAAGCAACCCCAAUACAGAAAUAAAAGAAGUCACAGAGACUUUUUAACCUCCCUGGAGGAAUGCCUACCUGGUGGUGGAAACACCCCAAUGGGGUUUAUCGACAAAUUCGUCUCAAACAUAAGACGGUUAAUUAAUCAACGGAAUGACAAAAAUAGUGGCUCCUUUUGGCAGUUUAAUCAGAUCGACUUGGGUAUCCAUGGGGAGUCGCCAAUGGCACCAGGUGACCAUAUUUUUGAUCAAGUACACACAGCGGAUGUAAACAUUUGGAAGAAGCUUUUCCGUUCCUUUUGCAGCAGCGAGGAGACGAAGAAUCUUCGCUCGACGCGUCUGUUGGACCCCCUCGGGGAGGUCAUAUCCGACGAUGCCUUUUGCGGGUCUUCCUUCAUUUUGCGGUGA